AUGGGGGUCGUAGAGGCAUUGCAAAAUUUGGAGUCUUCGAGAACAAUCGCUUCACUUAAUGGUAGUCAUUCUGAUGUAAUAUUGGGACGAUUGCCCAUGGAAAAUGGAGAGUGCUCUUUCCAUUCCCAGUCACCUAAGUUAAAGAGGCGCAUAAUCUCUGCUGUUCGUGAUUUCCCCCCGGGAUGUGGACGAUUUGCUCAGAUAAACAAUGUGAGACCUGAUAAGGAGGCGACUUCUGUGGUUGAGAGUGUACCAACAGAAAGUUUGAUUCAUGGGGAUAAAAAUGGCGAUGGACAUGGGGUUGAUAAGAUGAUGCUCUCAAAUGGUCACGAAGAUGAGACUGACUUGAAUCGCAAGGACAUCCAUACUGUGGAGACAAUUGAAUCAGUAACAGCCUUAGAGCAUGAAAUAUCUGAUUCUCCGAAGAAUCUACAUCAGUUAAACAAUUUGAGAUCUGUUGAAGAGGCUGCUUCUGUUGGUACUGCUGAGGCUUUGAUUAGCAGGGGUAAGAAUGGUGAUGGACAAGGGAUUGAAAAGCUGAUGGGCUCUACUGGUCAGGUGGAUGAGACUGUCUUGAUGAAUGGUAAGGCUGCUGGUACUGUGGACGCAGUUGAAUCUUUAACAACCUUAGAGCAUGAAGUAUCUGAUUUGUUGAAAAACCCAAAUCAGCUUGGUGUGGCUAGUCCAAAUGAAGAUAUGGUUGCUGUUCCACCAGAUAUAAAUGUUUGUUCACCAUUUGUUUCUAAUGGCAAUGGUGUGGACAAGAUUGCAGUUAAAAAAUAUCCUCCUCGAAGAAGAGUAUCAGCUGUUCGGGACUUCCCUCAUCUCUGUGGAAGAAAUGUUUCUCUGGAAGAAAGGAAUUUUGGUCAAGAGAGGUCGGCUGUAGGUGACAAACCAUCAUCAUCUAACACACCGAAAACUAGUGUGAAACAAAUAGGAGAGGAUGUUCAGGAUGACGAGUUUCACAAGAGCGAUUUGGAAGUGAAUGUUUCUAAAGUAAUUGGGGAGGUUCAACCCAACUGUAAGGAGAAUGCUGUUCAAGAAAUGGAGAAACAAGAUGAAUGUAAGGUAAAUUCUAAGAUGAAUGUGGUUUCGAAAGAUACAAAGAAAAAGUGCAUUGAACCUUCUCAAGAAAGCAAUGGAUGUCAAGGUCUGGGGGAUGUUGGAUAUUCGGAGGAGAAAGUGGGGAAGGAGAUGGUAGUAUACCAUGAGAAGGAAAUUCCAAGUGAGAAAUGUUUAGAUGAAUGUGAGGUAAAUUCUAAGAUGAAGUUGGUUCCAAAAGAUACAAGAAAAGAGUGUAUUGAACCUUCUCAAGAAAACAAUGGAUGUCAAGGCCUGGGGGAUGUUGGACAUUCAGAGGAGCUAGUGGGGAAGGAAAUUGUGGUAUACCAUGCGAAGGAAAGUCCAGGUGAAAAAUGUUUAGAUAUAUCUAAUUUUCAUAACCAAUUGCAUGAAGAAGAUUUUGAAAGUUCAGAACUUACAUCGGAUAGGGUGAUGGUGAUGGGUUUGAUGGCUGCCUCAAAUUGUCCGUGGAGGAAGGGAAAAGAGGUCUGCAAGUAUAAAACAGAAGGUGGUAUGAGUAGAAGCAAACGAAAGAAACCUGAUUUUAAAUGUCAGCUAGAAAGAUCUAAAACUGCGUCCAGGAAAAAAGUUGACUCGGACGUUGGAGGAAAGUCUAAAAAGAAGGUUCAUCCUGUAGCACGAAAGAAUGCUUACCAAGGCUCAAAUCAGCUUGUUAUAUGGGAUAUAGAGAAUUCUCUUGAGAAUGACCAGAAGGAAGACCUUCAUAAGACUCCAAGAUCAUGUUGUUCUGAUGUAUGCCCUCCUCCUUUUGGUCUUAGUAGUUCAACUAGCAAAGUUCAUGAUAAUGACCAAACUGUCACCCGAAACAAGGUGAGGGAGACAUUGCGUCUGUUCCAAGCUCUUUGUAGGAAGUUCUUGCAGGAGGAAGAAGGUAAGUCAAAGGAAGGAGGAAGUUCUCGCAGGAGGAUUGAUUAUGCAGCGGCAAAGAUUCUGAAGGAUAAAGGAAAAUAUGUAAAUAUAGGGAAACAAAUCUUGGGGCCUGUCCCGGGUGUUGAAGUUGGUGAUGAGUUUCAUUACAGAGUGGAACUUACUAUAGUUGGCCUUCAUCGCCAGAGUCAAGGUGGUAUAGACUAUGUGAAGCAUGGUGGCAAGGUCCUUGCAACUAGUAUAGUUGCAUCUGGUGGUUAUGCUGAUGAUUUGGAUAAUUCAGAUUCCUUGAUUUAUACGGGCCAAGGAGGAAAUGUGAUGAAUACUGAUAAGGAACCUGAAGAUCAGAAGCUUGAACGGGGAAACCUUGCUUUGAAGAACAGUCUGCAUGAAAAGAAUCCUGUUAGAGUGAUCCGUGGCUCUGAAUCUUCUGAUGGAAAAAGUAAGACAUACGUCUAUGAUGGAUUAUAUUUAGUAGCUAAAUGUUGGCAGGAUGUGGGGUCUCAUGGUAAGCUUGUUUUCAAGUUUGAACUGGACAGAAUUCGAGAUCAACCAGAGCUUCCCUUGAAAGAAGUCAAGAAGUCCAAAAAAUCUCGAGUACGGAUAGGUCGCUGCAGUGAUGAUAUUUCACUGGGGAAAGAGUCAAUUCCUAUUUGUGCUGUGAAUACCAUAGAUGAUGAGAAACCUCCACCAUUUGUAUACAUAACCAACAUGAUAUAUCCUGAUUGGUGCCGCCCAAUCCCUCCCAAGGGUUGUAGCUGUACUGUUGCAUGCUCAGAUUCUGAGAAAUGUUCUUGUGCAGUUAACAACGGAGGCGAGAUCCCAUAUAACUUUAAUGGCGCUAUUGUUGAAGUAAAGCCACUUGUGUAUGAGUGUGGGCCUUCUUGUAAGUGCCCUCCUUCUUGUUAUAAUAGAGUUAGCCAGCGUGGUAUCAAAUUUCCGCUUGAAAUAUUUAAAACUGAAUCAAGGGGUUGGGGAGUGAGAUCCCUAAAUUCCAUUCCUUCAGGAAGUUUUAUAUGUGAGUAUAUAGGAGAGCUCCUUGAAGACAAGGAAGCUGAAGAAAGAACUGGUAAUGAUGAGUAUCUGUUUGAUAUCGGGAAUAACUACAAUGACGGUUCUCUUUGGGAUGGACUUUCAACCCUCAUGCCCGAUGCACAGUCAAGUUCUUAUGAAGUUGUGGGGGAUGGUGGAUUUACCAUUGAUGCAGCACAAUAUGGCAAUGUGGGAAGAUUUGUCAACCAUAGUUGUUCCCCUAAUCUCUAUGCCCAAAAUGUCCUCUAUGAUCAUGAUGAUACUAGAAUUCCUCACAUUAUGUUCUUUGCCGCCGAGAACAUUCCUCCCUUGCAAGAGUUGACUUAUCAUUACAAUUAUAUGAUAGAUCAGGUUCGUGAUUCCGAUGGCAAUAUAAAGAAGAAGAGUUGCUAUUGUGGUUCUGCAGAGUGUACCGGCAGGCUGUAUUGA